AUGAUAAAUAUGAUUGAAAUUAUGGGAUUCCGUGAAAUGCGCACGGGAAAGUUUAUAAAAGCGGUGCUGGCAGAGUUUGUAGCCACGGCUAUUUUGAUCAUAGCUGGAUGUGGGUCUUGCGUGACUAUGGCAGAGGGUGAGUCGCUGAGUACCCUAACAACUUCAUUAACAUUCGGGAUGACUGUUGCUUACAUCGUGUAUACAUUUAAUCAUGUGAGCGGCGCCCACAUUAAUCCUGUUGUCACGCUCGGGUUUCUGGUUACAGGCCAGACUACAGUGGUUAGGACCAUCGCCUACACUGUAGCUCAGUGCGGUGGCGCUAUCGCCGGUUCAGCCGUCAUCUGGUACUUGGUGCCACCUGCUUGGAGAGGAAACCUAGGAAGCACCGUGUUUGCUGAAGGAGUAACACUCGGACAAGGAUUCGUUAUAGAAGCCACGAGUACGUUUUUCCUCAUGUUGGCGGUACUGGCAAGCGCAGACAAGUACCGAACUGACCACGGGGGAUCAACGUCUCUCACUAUAGGACUUGUCGUCUUUAUGCAGAGUGCCUGGGCGGGAAAGCCGACCGGUUGCAGCAUGAACCCAGCCCGUUCACUGGGCCCAGCUGUGAUGUCUGGAACCUGGGCCAAUCACUGGGUAUACUGGGCUGCUCCUACUUUUGGCUCCAUCCUUGGCUCUUUGUUUUACCAUCAUGUCUUUGCUGAAUCGCCACCAGAGGUCGCCACAAGCAUUCAGAUGACAUCUUCAGUUGACCUUCCACAUAGAGAUACAGAGAAACGGCAACAACCGACGGAAAAAACGCCAGUUAUGGACAAAAAAAGCAGCAAAAGAUAUCUUAAACAGGGGUUUGGAAACCCUGCUCUCGACAUGGGUUCUGCAUGA